AUGGGCGAGCAUGAGACGCCGCAGUCACAGCCACCUAGUGGGCUCUUGCCAAACGGCUUACUUCCUAAUGAAGCGGCCUCCGUGAUGCGAGUGCUUGACUCGGCCAGAUGGUCGAAAGCUGAAGAGAGAACCGCUGAACUCAUGGAGUGCAUUAAGCCCAAUCAACCGUCUGAGAACCAACGUAAUGCUGUUGCUAGUUAUGUGCAGCGGCUCAUUAUGAAGUGCUUUCCUUGUCAGGUCUUCACUUUUGGGUCUGUUCCGCUUAAGACUUAUUUGCCGGAUGGUGAUAUUGACUUGACAGCCUUCAGUAAGAAUCAGGAUUUGAAAGAUACAUGGGCUCAUCAGGUUUGUGAUAUGCUGGAGAAUGAGGAGAAGAAUGAGAAUGCUGAAUUCCAGGUUAAGCAAGUCCAGUAUAUUCAGGCAGAGGUGAAAAUUAUUAAGUGCCGUGUGGAGAACAUUGCGGUAGAUAUAUCAUUUAACCAGCUCGGUGGGCUGUGCACACUCUGUUUCCUUGAAGAGGUCCUCUAUCGUUUCCUUGAGUUCUUCAGUAAGUUUGAUUGGGAUAACUUCUGUGUCAGCCUUUGGGGUCCCGUACCCAUUGGUUCACUUCCAAAUGUGACAGCCGAACCACCUCGGAAGGAUGGUGGAAAGUUACUUCUCGCCAAAUCAUUUCUUGAUGCCUGUGGCUCGGUAUAUGCAGUUUUCCCGAAUGGCCAAGAAAGUAAUGGCCAUCCUUUUAUCUCCAAACACUUCAAUGUCAUUGAUCCUUUGCGUGCUAACAACAACCUUGGGCGCAGUGUUAAUAAAGGUAACUUCUUCCGGAUUCGUAGUGCAUUUGCUUUUGGGGCAAAGAAGCUUGCUAGGUUACUAGAGUGUGACAGUGAGAACAUACAUUUCGAAGUGAAUCAGUUUUUCCAAAAUACCUGGGAAAGACAUGGAACUGGUCAUCGUCCUGAUGCUCCGCUCAAUGGCUUUUGGCAAUUGAGACCGUCAAAUAAUGAUUACUUGCUUGGCUCAGAGAAUGUGAAUCUCCAAAAUAUUGCUAGUGUCAAAUCUGGAAGUCAUGAAGGUCAAAAUAAUGCAUUGAAUGGGCCCUGUAUUGUUCCAUCCCAACAUGGUAAUCACGCCCUAGAAAGCACAUCAUGGAGUAGUGAUGUUGCCACAGUAUCUCAAUCAAAAAGUCAAAAGAUGAAUGUAAAGAUAAGUUUAAGAACUUCGGAUCAGGCUAGAAGAGAAAUCAGCACAAAUCAGUUUGUUCAUGCCGAAAAGAAUCUGAGCAGUUCUAAACCAGACAGCUUGGUAGGCGAUUUACAAGGAAGGUAUCUUUAUGCAAGAACACACUCAAGCCCUGAGCUUACGGAUACCUGUAACAAAGUUUCUUCACAAGCAAGGCAUGCUAAAGUUCCAGAAAGUGCAAAAGGCCAGACAACAGCAGCUAGGUCUGACAUUAUCAAAAGGCAAGAAACUGAACCUGAAAACUAUUUUCCCCAUGGUUUGGUUUCUUCUCCUGUGACUCGUCAUAUUCCAACAGUAGGACUGACAUCAAGUCCAGAAGGUUCAGUUGAACAUUUGAAUGAGAAUUUUGGUACUGUGGGAUUGAACCCUGAGGAGGCUGACAAUGAGUUUUGGCGUGAACAUGAAAGGGUUUCAGUUGGUGGCCUUGAACUUGAUAAUGGAAGUUUUGAGAUGGAAACGUCUGACGAUAAGCAGCAAUCUACAUCAGUUCGGUAUAACAUUGGUUCAUCUGGCACAGGUGGCUCUGGUAACUCUUCUAGAGUUCAGCCGAAGUUCACAAGGGGAUCCCUACAUUCAAAUCAGGGUGAACGAGGAGAAAAUUUUCUGUACACAGAGAACAAAGGUGAUGGAGUUCUCUUUGAUGAAAGGCUCACAAAUUCAAGCUCGUUUCCUACCAUUCCAAGUAAUUCUGUAAGAAGUACAGCUUCCUCUGAGAGUUCAUGGGAUGGAUCAUCUGUAAAGAGUGUGGAAGACCUGUGGAAGACCUCGACUACUGUGACAUCUGUAGUUCAUGUGAAAGGUAAAGGUAUAAAUGAAGGCUCCUCCAGCCAGGUGGACGAUGACAGCAAAGAGUGGAGCUCACAGUUAUCAACUAGUCCCGAGAUUGUUGAAAGAGGUUUGGGGCCUCCAGCUACUGGUGUCUCAAGGCAUCUGGUUCCUGGGUUUGAGUUGGCACAAACAAGUGGAUCUGAUCCAGUAGUGCCUAUUCCUCCAGUGCUAUUGGCUCAUGGCGCACGAUUUUAUCCUACGGGACCUCCUGUUCCAUUUGUUACAAUGUUUCCCAUUUAUAACUUCCCUGCUGCAGAGACGGGAACUUCUGAGGCCUCUACAAGUCAGACCGGUUCCGAGGAGGGUAUGAAUAACAUUGAUCGUUUUCAGAAUGGUGAUUUACUUGAGGGACAUCAUGAUCAGUCUGAAGUUCCAAGUCCUAGUAGUACUUCGAUGAGUGUUGCUGCCUCGCUUGAGGCAUUUGAGCACAAGUAUGACAUCCUCAAUAGUGAUUUUGCUAGUCAUUGGCAGAACUUGCAAUAUGGACGGUUUUGCCAGAAUUCACAACUUCCUAGUCCAGUUGUCUAUCCACCUGUUGCGGUACCACCUGUACAUUUACAGGGUCGUAUCCCAUGGGAUGGUCCCGGAAGACCUGUUUCGCCAAACAUGAAGCUUCUCAGUCAGCUAAUGGGUUAUGGACCUCGUAUCCUUCCAGUUGCUCCCAUGCAAGCUGUUUCCGGUAGACCUUCUGGUGUCUAUCAACAUUAUGUCGAUGAGGUGCCAAGAUAUCGCGGUGGAACUGGAACCUACCUUCCAGACCCUAAAGUAGCAGGCAGGGAUAGGCAUACCACAAACUCUUCCAGAAAGGCAAACUAUAACAAUUAUGAUAGAAGUGAGCACCAUGGUGAUUAUCGAGAAGGGCCCUGGUAUAAUUCGAAGUCAAGAGCCCCCGGGCGCAGUCACAGUCGUAACCAGGCUGACAAGUCGAGUAGUUCAAGACUGGACAUAUUAGCAGGCACAGGUGGGAGCAGCAGAUCGGAGAGGACAUGGGUCUCACACAGACAUGACAACCCCACUCCUGCUGACCAGAUUGAGUUUGGUUCACUUGGCCCUAUGGGGUUUGCCGAGCUGUCACAUUUGAAUGAGGACCAAAGACUUCAUGGCAGUGCAGUAGCUCAACUGUCUUCACCAGAUCAGCCUUCUUCUCCUCACCAUCUUCAGAGGUAGUUUACAAAAUUCUAACCGUGUCAUGUCUCCCGGGCAGUUAAUAGCUGUGCAAGAUUUCUGAAUUGGAAGUCUGUCCGUCGUCUGUCUGCCCGACAAUGUCGUUGAGGGACUACAGUUUACAGCACAUUGAAUGGAGCGUUUGAGUUUUCCUUCAUUGCAGAAUUAUGGGUGGCUCCAGUGACAUGGUGGUCUAUUGGAGAAGGAUGAUUUCACGCAUCUUGCAAGAAAACGGGAAAGAGGGAGGAUUUCAUAUGAUUGUUGCAGCGCCCCUACUAAGUUCAGUGCAAGAAGCUCCUCAGCCGCUCCUACCAGAGUAAUGGUUUCGUUUCCUCUUCUCACCCUACUCAACAAGAUAUGAGCCAGAGACUUCAGUUGGGGCAUUCAGGGCCUUGCAGCCUGUAGUUCUUUGCUGCUGUUUCUUUUGCAGCUGUCUCUGUGCACUUAGAAGCCUGGCUUUUUUUCCGGACUUUCCCUGUUUAGAAAGUAGUAGAAGGGGAAAAGUAACUUGGUCGUGGUGAAUCAGCUACCGCCACCAUUGCAGUAGGAGCAUGGUAAUUGGUGAUUUCGUUACUUCGAAUAGUUUGCUUAUUUCGAAAACGAAACUGGUAGGUCUCUGGGAAGAAACAGAUUGUAACUUUCACUGAUGUAGAAGACAUUUGAAUGCAGGUUUAGAAAGUAGGUGGUUGGAGUUAAAUCCUCUGCCCAACUCGAGCUUUUCCCCGUCAGUAAGUUGGUGAUUCAGUUCCCACAUGAUGGAUGGUGUUGUAUUAGGAGUUUUUGAUACGUUUAGUUAAAGUCGAGCUCGAGUAUAUGUGGUCUGCCUCUUUGUGAUCAACUAGUGUUUAGAAUGUAGUUAAAUAGUACAUACAAUGAUUACUGCUGCCAGCAGAAAAAUGAAACUGCUGCUGUUUAGUUCUACCUGCUUGUUCAGC